UGGAGGAGUACUUUGCUUUUUUUAGUUUUGUGAGUCCAUGAGAGGUCAGUUUGGAUCUGUUACCGCGUACUCUUGGUCUAAAUCGACUACUCUUCAGCCUAUCUAAAGCUCAAUGGAAAUUCGUCAGCUUAGAUGUUACCCCCGUUUAACCUCACUAAGCCAACUUCAACUCUAUCUCUUAAUAAUAAUGGCUAUUUUCUCUGCGGCCAGAGGCCACACCCUCGUUACAGUGAAGUUAAAUAAGUACACCAACGAAGACAACUCUAAAGCUCAAGACGACCAACUUUGCAACCCGGACGCGACCCCUUGUGACAUGGAAUUUGAGUUCAAACUUAUCAAACCAAUCAGUUUUACCUUUGAGACGCCCCCAGUAAACGAGGACAACAUAAUUUUCACGGAUACGAUAACAAUACAAGACGGUUCAACCAUACCCAAUCCUUUUCCUGGAACAGAGGUGGAACAAACGGUUACAAAGGGAAUAAGCGAGCUACUACUCUUACUAGACGUUUGGCACAGGAGGACGAACGGAGACAGAGUAAUGAUGGCCCGGUUAAUGUACAAGCGGACAUUCGACACAUGGGGUCCAGUAACUAUUACUCUCACUGAUGAGCACUCCUCUAUUAACUUAACCACUUCUAUUGAGUGUGCACCUGAAUACUACAGAAAACCUCUAACACCUGACAAUAUGGACGAGGAAGUUUCAAACUGUUUCCACUGUGCGGAGACGGACAAGUACACAUGUAACCAGGAGGACGGGAGCAAGGAGUGUAAACCUGGCUGGACAGGUGCGGAGUGCGAUACAGAGGCUUCUCCAGAAAGUUGCCCCUCUGUCCAAGAAGCCAACUCCACGAUAGUUCCGUCGACCUACAAAACAGACUCUUUGGAAGUGGGGUACACUCUCACUUUUAGUUGUCAGGGUCCCUACCUUUCCUAUCUCUCCACAUCUCCCCUCAUGACCUGUUUAGAUACUGGAAAUUGGAACUCGACUGUCCCCUCUUGUAUUCCAAUAGUUGACAAUAUCGACAAGAAAAUAGACCGUAAGUUUUGA